AUAACAACCAAGUGCAGUGAAUUUGCAUAAUUCCUGCUAAAUGGCAAAAAAAAGAAAAAAAGUAGGAAAAGCACUAGGUCAUCCCAAAAGAGCGAAAGAAACCCAGAUGAUAAAAAUACAGCCACUUUUGAUCCACAAGUAUACGAAGCACAGAUUGCGUCACUAAAAAAGAAAACAAAAGAUUUUCAGUAUGCAAUCGAUAAUCUAAAAGAUAUCAACACACAGCUUUUCGCCAAAGCUAAAAGAAAUGAGUUGGACAGUGAGGGGUUGACUACGUACCUUGAAAACUGUAUUCAGAACAAAGAUAUUGAUGUCAAUGAGUUGAAGAAAAACUUAAAUGCACUAUGCUGUAGGAUGAGCGAAAAACAACAAGAACACAAUAACAUUGUAGCCAACAUCAGGUUUGAGAUCGAGGCUUUAGAAGAAAGGCUUAACUCGGAGAAGGCUGUUUUGACUGGAAAAAUAGCAUCACUAGAAGACCUCAGCGUUGAAAGAACUCAGCUACAAGCUAAAACGUUAGAAAUGGAAAAACUAAUUGAAGAAACGCGUACAGAAAACAAACUAAAGUAUCACGAGAAGGAUUUGAAGUUGACCGUUACGCAAGACCAAUUAUUCAAAGAAAUGUUACACAAAGUAUCAUAUUUAUCUGAAGAAUUUCGAAUUGCAACAGAAAAACGUGUUAAUAAAACAGAACGUAAAACAUUGGAAAUCAAUUAUACAUUAAAUGAAAAAUUAAUAAUUUUAAGCAAUAAAAUGUUAUAUAUUAUUGGUAAAAAUAAAUCAUAUCAACAGGCUACUCAACAGUUGAAAUAUGAUGUUCAUGUAUUACAAGAUAUUAGAAAUGAAAUGCAUAAAAAAUGGUUGAAUCAAUUACAAUCUUUAAAGAAUUCAAUAUCGAACUGCUUAAAAAAGGAGCAAAGAUUAUGUUCAAUCAUGGAAAUAUUUCUAACAAAUGAAAAUAUCCAUCCAUUGAACCUUGAUAUAUUUUUUUACGAACAAAUUAAAAAUAUGAAUAUGAAGGAAGUCAAGCUGACUGAAGAAGUAAAAACACUAAGGUCUAAGCAUGAUCAUACCCUAUCCAGAUAUGAAGAAUAUAAGCAUUUAAGAAAUGAAGAAUUACAUCGUUUGAAGCAGUUAAUUCAAGCUAGAAAUCAUUUAUGCCAGCUAGUUAUUGAUUGUAAAACUGCUCUACAACAGGCUUGUGAAAUGUGCGAACCAGAAAGUGCUGUAAAACUGAAUUUAACUGAACGUAUUCAGCGACAUGAUCAUCUAUUAACCGCUUUCUUCAUUCUGAUCUAUACAUGUGAUCAAUUGAUUUCACGUAUCACUCCAUAUCAGAUUGGUGAUUUCCGACUGAAUCGAAUAACUACCAAUGUACCAUCAGCAUCAACAAAACAGUCAUUUGGCAGAAAUAGAGUUAUGUUCAGUGAUUCAGUAUAUCCAAUAUCAACCUCAUCGUUGGCUAAAAGUGACAGUCGAACAAGAAAUGCUCUGUCAGGAAAAAGUAACUCAGAAGACUCCUCAUAUUUGGAGUUCGCAGAAAAAGAUCAUUUUCCACAUUCAGAAUUUCCCUUAGCAUCAGAAUUCGGUUUGGAACCAAUGGAUCCGAAGAAGCCUAGCACAGUUACCAACAUCUUACUCAAAGAACUAUCAAAAUGCUCACGUCAAUCAGAAAGACGAACUACUACACCAAUAGUUCAUUCAGUUGCUGUUCAGACUGAACCAUUAUACGGUAAUACACUAAAGUCAAAGAAAUUUAAAGAAAAAAUUCCCUCCGAAUUAGUUCAUCUUCGAAAUAAUCGUGGAGUUUUACAACUUCCAUUUAUCAAUUCAACAGUUAUAGCACCUAAAGAAAGUUAUGAUGAAUUGUAUACGUUUAAUAUUCGACCAACUUACAAACAGAAAUCACCAACAUUGCCAAGUUUAUAUCAGUUAGCUAAAUUCUAAAUCAUCAUUAUAUAUUGUAAUUAUGACAGUGAUCAUGAUAAGUUGUACAAUGUGAAAUGCAUAAUUUAUGAAUGAAAAUGAUUUAAUUAAAGUUGAAUUAUGAACAGUUAUUUGAUGCACAAAUUGAAC